AACCAAUGAGCAAAUAGAAAGCAAGGUGACGGGGCUGAAACCAUGGAAACGAAAAGGAAGUUUAGUAGCACGGUAGCUCAAACUAUCCUCGGUUAGCUUCAAGAUACGAAGCACUACUACAGCUUUUUCGAAGCUAUCCGAUGCUCGGCUUCUGCUGACUGGAAAUGUUCAAAGCAAAAAUACUCUUUAUUGGUCCCAGUGAGAGUGGGAAAACAGUUCUUGCAAAUUUUCUCUCAGACACAACAGAAUAUAUGGGAGGUGAAUACAGACCUACUCAGGGAGUAAGGAUACUGGAAUUUGAAUCACAACCUGAAGGCAGUGGCGACAGCACAACAUGUGAGGUUGAACUUUGGGACUGUUCAGGAGAUUUAAAAUUUGAAACAUGCUGGCCUGCUGUGAUGAAGGACGCCAGCGGUGUCGUGAUCAUUUUUAAUCCUGAUGUUCCAAGUCACCUCAAAGAAAUAGAGACGUGGCAUUCGAUUUUCAUCGCAUCUCAAGGUUUCCAGGACAACCAAUGUCUACUCAUAGCUCACCAAAAGCCCGGCAGUGGAGUUGAAGAUGGACGACUGCCAUUAGCUUCACAUUUGAGCAGGCUGCUGCUUAUUCACUCCAACCUGGAGGAGGACCCAGAGGACGUGAGCCAAGCUUUCUGCAGAUACUUGGGGAAUGUUGUAAAUACAAUGUCAGAAAGCAGAGAGCGAGAAGAGAUGUCUAUCAUUACAUAGCAGCGAAAUGUGUAAAAUAUGCAGACUAAUGAAGUAAAGUUUUGUAGGCAUUGGUAAUAUCUGUUUAAGCGACAUUCAUGAACACUUUCCAUUGAUUAAUUAUUAAUUGUACAUCUUCGCUGUCACUCAGCUUGUCAUGAAAUCUUCCAAAACUCCUUACAGACUCUUCAUGUUUGGUUUCUUAUGUUUUAUGUAAGUUUUUUUAUGAAUAAAAUAUGGCCUAACUCAGUCUGGAAA